AUGGUGUCGCUGAAGUUGCAGAAGCGCCUGGCCGCGAGCGUCCUCAAGUGUGGCAAAGGCAAAGUCUGGCUUGAUCCCAAUGAAGUCAGCGAGAUCUCCAUGGCCAACUCCCGCCAGAACAUCCGGAAGUUGGUUAAGGAUGGGUUUAUCAUCAAGAAGCCUCAGAAGAUCCACUCAAGAUCCCGUGCAAGAAGGGCACAUGAGGCCAAGCAGAAGGGACGGCACUCUGGAUAUGGCAAGCGUAGGGGUACCAGGGAGGCUAGGCUCCCCACCAAGGUUCUGUGGAUGAGGAGGAUGCGUGUUCUGAGGCGCCUGCUACGCAAGUACCGUGAGGCCAAGAAGAUCGACAAGCACAUGUAUCAUGACAUGUACAUGAAGGUCAAGGGUAACAUGUUCAAGAACAAGAGGGUGCUUAUGGAGAGUAUCCACAAGUCCAAGGCUGAGAAGCUCAGAGAGAAGACACUUUCUGAUCAGUUUGAGGCCAAGCGUGCAAAGAGCAAGGCGAGCCGCGAGAGGAAGAUUGCUAGGAGGGAGGAGAGGUUGGCCCAGGGCCCGAGAGAACCAACAGCACCAGUCUCAGCCACAGCUCCAUCUACUGGGGCACCAAAGAAAGCAAAGAAGUGA